CAGGCACAAGCGGGAUGACUAAGUAUGUGGUUCGACGUGGCUGGACUGUGGCUAGGCGCUAAAUUGGCGCUAAUAUGGCGCUAAUAGGGUUAUCACGGCGCGAUGGUUGUUCUACGCCGCGUAGAUCAUUAUUAUCCACCCCGGAAUCGAUUCAUCAUCUAUAAGACUUAUAAGGUUACGACCAAAAUUCCCUCGGUGGCGAGGUUGUUGUUAUUCUUCGAAUAAUAAUCACCUAGAUACUACUGUGUCUAGACGUCUAUACGAUCCAACACAACUAUCGAGUCUGCUGACCCCAAGCGAGCAAAACUAUACCACCAUUAUUCUCUCCAGUUCUAAAUUAUAAUCUAGAGACUACUCUUUUCUCCUUGCGUUAAACCCCAACAACUUUACCCCUAUCUCGCUCUCUCCUCUAUCUAGAGACAUCAUCAUGGCUUCUCAGGGUAAUUACCCGCAACAGCCUCCACCUCCCCAGCAAGCCUACGGUGGCUACCCGCAGGGCUAUCCGCAACAGGGAUAUCCCCCUCCGGGCCCUCCUCCGAUGCAGAUGCAAUACCAACAGGCUCCUCCGCCAGAAUCCCCCAGGGAUAAAGAACGUGGAUGCUUAAUGGCCUGUCUGGCAACGCUCUGUUGUUGCUUCCUUUGCGAGGAGGCAUGUGAAUGCUGCAUCGAUUGUAUUUCAUUCUGCUGCUAGUUUUGCUAGUCUUCGUCUGUUCGUACUCCGUUGUUGAGCUAUGCUUCAUGCUUAUUCGUCGAAUGCAACAUACCUACAUACAUACAUAUACGACAACACCCUGCAUUCUGUGCAGUGCAUAGCGGGUCUCUUGCUGCAUUGAUCUUUUUUUUUCACUUUCUUUUCUCUUGGAGGGGGGGUUAUUUGGUUACUGCGGGCUUAUAUAUAUGUAGCUCUAUUUGAUAUUCUGUUGAUAUUCUGUUGAUAUUAACCUGUAACCCUAUUCUGGGGCCAUGAUAUUAUUAUUAUGGUUCGUAUAGCCCUAGGUUACAAGGUGGAACGAGGUUACGAUCCUGGGGCAGUUAGUGUAGGUUCUCAAUCCAACAAAAAUGUUUGGAAAUUCAAAGUGAUACAGCCAUAACGGCCUUAUUCUUUUUUCAUCAUGAAACUCUGACAGAUUCUCAUGUGCAUGUACUCGAAGUUUAAGGGGUGGUCUGUUGAAAUUGAGUGAACCGCGUAGUAGUAGUGCAUGUAUCAUUAACGGGGUAUCAGAACAGUAGAACAGGAGAGAAGUAAAAGCUAACUAUUGCGUUCAAUAUUAUAUAUAAAUAUCUAACAGCCGUUCAACCAAGUUCACAUGAAUCAUAAUCGUAUCCAACCGCUAUAUAUAUCUGCACUUCCAUGUCAUUAAAG